GGAUUUUGAGACAGUCGUAUUAACUUGUGAGCCAAUCAAUUUUCAAUGAACAGAGAAAAAGCAAAAUAUCCAAAAAUCCGAAUUUAUUAAAUAACAGGGAAACCUAGAAGCCAUUCGUGACUAACGCGCCACCAAGGCCUUCACGCGCAACCGCAGCGCGUGACGUGUUCUGCGUUGGCUUUUCCCCUCCCUUUCUCUUUUGUAUCGUUCCCCUUCUCUCUCUCUGCAGACCUCGUCGAAGCACCACCGUGACCACAUCUCUCUGAAAGUCAGACGAACAAGAGAGAGAAGAAGCGAUUUAAUAAAAGGCCGUACGAAGCACGUCACGAACGCAAUUUAAAGCAGAAGAAGCGAUUUAUAAAUUGUUUGGGUUGGGGUGGUUGGGUUAGGGUAUUAUCUAUCUGCUAUGGGCGAGUUGACUCAGGCGGAGGUGUACUCGCCGAGGACUCAGCAAGUGUGGAGGGCGCUGUUGAGUUGGUUGGCCUUCUUCUUUCAGAUCUUCUUUCAGAUUAUAAGAGCCUUAGGUCACUAUCCUCUGCUUUCUUUCUCUUCUUCUUCCUCUUCCUCCUCUUCCUCUUCUUCUUCCUUUAAGCCUCUUCCCUCUGUUGAGCUUGUCGAACACGAUUCGCCUCCUCCAUCCGCUCUUGAAAUCACAGCCCUUGAUUAUUCUCCCGCCGAUCAUCCCAUCCAAAAACUCACGGUGGUGCUGGACUUAGAUGAAACACUGGUAUGUGCAUAUGAGACAUCAAGUUUGCCAGCUGCUUUACGGACUCAAGCAAUCGAAGGUGGUUUGAAUUGGUUUGAGCUGGAAUGUGUAUCGAUAGACAAGGAAGGAGAGGGCAAACCAAAAAUCAAUUAUGUUACAGUAUUUGAACGCCCUGGGUUGAAGGAAUUCUUAAAGAAACUUAGUGAAUUUGCUGACUUGGUGCUGUUCACUGCUGGUCUUGAAGGCUAUGCUAGACCCCUCGUUGACAGAAUAGAUGAGGAAAAUCGAUUCAGUCUACGGCUUUAUCGGCCCUCAACAAUUAGCACGGAAUAUCGGGAACAUGUCAAGGAUCUCACCUGCAUUUCAAAGGAUCUUUGCCGCAUUGUAAUUGUGGACAAUAAUCCUUUCAGCUUUGUAUUGCAACCAGUAAAUGGAAUUCCAUGCAUUCCUUUUUCGGCUGGACAACCACAUGACACCCAGCUUCUAGAUGUCAUUCUCCCCCUUCUCAAGCAACUUUCUGAGCUGAAUGAUGUAAGACCUUUGCUCUAUGAAAAGUUCCACAUGCCUGAUUGGUUCCAGAAACAAGGGAUUCCGGCUUCUAGUUGGACUUUGUAGGAUUAAACUAGUUUGUCAUUAAGCUCUCCUGUUUUUUCCUUUUGCUGAAAUUCUUAGUUAUUUUGCUGGAAGGGCAGCUGCUGAUUGGUUGAAGUAGAUUCUUUGUAUAGCAUGAAUUUGUUUUUGGAUCACUCAAAUGUUUCAAAUGCUGCUUCUUGAAGUCAAAUCAGUUCACCACUUGUGUAUGUAGAUUGUCAGAAUUCUGAUUCUUGUUUAUAGGCUUGAAGUCUGUUGGAAAGUGUCUUGUUAGUCCAUUGUAUAAUUAUUAUCAAUGAUUAUCAUCGGUUUAAACAUUGGUUA